AGCGCCAGCAUGGACGGCGUGGAUGUGUGGGCCAGCACCUUGGCCCAGCUGAUGGCCAAGAGGAAGCCCCAGGACACCUGGGAGCUGGUCCCCGAGGAGAACCUGGCCUCAGGGCACCUGGACAGCAGCGGUUUCCAGUACCGGCUGCGGGGGCUCUCGAGGCUCCAGUGUGGCCGCUGCCAGUGGGGCUGGUCCUCGGCCCACGUGCACAUCCUCUUCCACCUGUGGUGGGACGAGGAUGCCCGGCAGGGGCUGGUGAAGAUGCGCAUCUGGGCCCAGCGGUGCCGCCUGUGCCCGCCGGGCGGGGCCGCCUGCCAGGUCAGCCUGCUCAACGUGCGGCUCUUCCUCAACAAGCUGGUGCAGUUCAUCGUGCAGAAGUGCUACGGGGAGGGCCCAGGCUCUGACCAGUGCCCCGAGAUCUGCUUCGGCGAGCACUGCGAGGCCUGCGACCUGGGGGUCUGCUUCUUCCAGAAGCCCCCGGACCCCGCCUGGGGGCCCGAGGUCAAGAGCCCCAGCACCAUCAAGGGCAGGUUCACCCUGUAUGGCGGCAGCAACGUGGACGCCCCCACCGCCAGCCAACAGCUGCGCACACUUGGCUGCGGGCUUGUGGUGGACCGCUCCAGGGGCUACACCCCCAACUCCAUCACGGUCCCCCUCUCCGUGGCCGACUUCAUCAAGAACCCCCUCUCCGAGGGCAGGGACUUCUUCGGCGAGGAUGAGGAGAUCGUCACUGUCCCCUUCUCCCUUGUGCGCAAGGACAAGGGGCCCGUGGCCGACCCUGCCGGGCCGCUCAUCGUCGGCAGGGGCUCCCUCUACCUGCCCACCAGUUCCAAGGCCACGUCCAAAGGCAAACGCUUCCCGGUGAACAUCAAAGCCCCCGUCUUCCACGGCAAAGGCCUCCUCCUCAGCGGCACCAAGGAGAUGACGGGCUUCAUCUACAAAGGCCACGGCUGCGUCUCCGACCCUGAUGAAGAUGAAAAUGAAGACGAAGAUGCAGAUGACGGCUGGGGUGCCGCGUUCGGCAGCAGCGGUCCCAUCAUUGAAGUCACUGAGGGAAACGGCCUGCGGCCAAUGACCUACAUCAUCGGCCUCAUGAACAACGGGGAGGGCUCCGUCACCUUCCCCUCUUCCUUGACCAAUGUGGUCCUUGAAGGCGAGGACCCCUUUGACCUCAUCUACGGCUCCCUCACCUUCCCUUUCAUCUUCGCCGACAAGGGCAAAGGCGGGGCUUCCUCUGCUGGCAUCACCGAAGGCAAAGGGAAGGAGGAUGGCGGCAGCGGCCCUGCCACCACUGGCCGUGAGCCCCUUCCAGGGACCAAUGCUGGUGGCCCCGUCCCCAUCAGCGAGGGCUCCGUCACUAUCCCCUUCUCCGUCCUCAGUAUCAUUCAGAGCAAGGGCUCUGGCAACGAUGCCAGUGGCCCUCAAAGCAAUGGCCUUGCCACUCAUGGCUUUUCCAAGAAGCAGAGGCACCCGGGGCCCAGGGCGGGCAAGUCCGGCCCUGGGUCCUACUGGGAGGAGGACUUCUGCUGGGCCGAAGGCUUCUGCUUCGACCCCUACGAAGAAGUCUGGAUCUGGGUCUCCAUGACCGUCUGCAUCCUCUGGAUAAUGUACCUGUACAAGUUCAGCCCUGACCACUCCCCGCGGGUGGAGGGGCCGCCAACCCAGUCCGAGGCCACAGCUGAGUUCUGCCCCGGAGGGGGCCUGGGAGGCCGAGGACAGGCCUGGUGGCAGAGCAGGCGGCUGGAGCUGGAGAGCCACUGGCACGGCACAGGUGUGACCCGCACCUGCAGCGGAGGUCACGGGGACCCUGUGUUCUCUCUGCUCUGGCCGCUGUUGCCCAAGCACGCGUCCUGCCCCAGCAGCCUUGACCUCGGCCCCAGCCGUGCCGGCCGCAGGGCCCUGCUCGGUGCAGAAGGGCAGAGGGGCACGGUUCUCGUUCGUGCCCGGUGCUGCGGCUCCCGGGAGUGUCUGCAGCCCUGGACGCUGGUGCUGGUCUCAGCAUCGUCUGAGUGUGUCUUUCGAAGCUGCAGCCAUGAGCUGCCCAGGCUGGGUGCUGGGCAGGAAACCAUGCACCUGGGCUUCACACGAUUUGAGAAGAUCAGGGCUGCAGCCGAUGAGGGACGCAGUGACCACUGGGCUGCACCCCCAGCCCCGUCAAGCACUGCUCCCUGGGUGGGGCCCGUGCACGGCUGCCCCUCCGCCGUCGUCCCUCUCAGACUGCCGCCCUGGCCUGGACCUCGCCCUCUGCACGAGUGUAAGGCCCGGCCCCUUGCUCGCCUGGACACGUCUGCAGAGCCCCUCGGGGACUGGCCACGGCCCCAUGUCUCCCCCGCACAGUCCUGUCGACCUCCGGUCUUCCAGGGCCCCCUGGCAGAAGCCUGCACCCUGCUGUGA